UUUCCCGCCGCCGCCGCCCGGCUCCACCCCGCCGCCGCCCCCCGCUCCUCCUCCUCCUCCUCCCCCGGCAGCGCGGCCGCUUCCUUGCGCCAUGGCGCGGCGCGGCCGGCGGCGGCGGCGGGCGGCGGGAGCGGCAGCGGCCCCGGCGGCGGCGGCAGCGGGGAGCCGCGGCGAGAAACAGAUACCCAAGGACGUGACUGACAUUUUUAAUGCCCCCAGUGACACUGAAGAUUUUCUGGGAUUCCAAGAUGAUGCUUCCAGACAGAGGUGGCUGUCGUCAAAGGACGGCUAUGCUAGUAUUGAUUCCGUGGACUCAGGAAAAAAGGGGCGUCGAUACCAGUCCAGGUACCUCACUGAAGAGCUGCAGAGGAUUUUCACUGAAGACACUGACUCUGAAACAGAAGCGUUUGAAGGCUUCAAUUCAAGUGAGGUGGAUGUGAACAAGAAAGGAGUUCCGGUAAAGGCAAUGGAGUCAGACUUGAGUGAUGAAGAACGCGCUAAUUUAUUGGGUAGUGAGGAAGAAGAGGAGGAAGGGAUGAAGAAGAAGGUUUCCCCCAAGAGAAGAAGCUUUGGCCUUCGUGUUGCCUUGCAGUUUCCCACCAGAAAGUCAUCUGAGAAAAAAGUGCCUGAACAGGUUUUUUCUAACUUACCCCUAAAGGACAGUGAAUCCCUUGUACCUCUUUCAGAAGAAAUAAGUUGCAAGCGGUGGGACAAACUAGAGGGCUCUGCUUCAGAAUCUGAAGAAGACGUUAAAGAAACACAGGAGGAAAGUUCCAGUGCUCUCCUUAAGAGAGCCAUGAAUAUUAAAGAAAAUAAAGCCAUGCUUGCCCAGCUGCUGGCAGAACUGAAUUCCAUACCCGACCUGUUCCCAGUGAAAACACCCACCUUGGCUCCUUCGAAACAGAAGAGAAUCCCAAGGAGGACAUUUUCUGAAGGCCAGAUAGCACGUCGCAUGAACCCAACCAGAAAUGCUCGUCCACCAGAAAAUUUUGCCUUGGAAAAAUUUACUGUGCCGGCUGUCAAAUUUGCAGAACAACUCCGUAGCUGUAGACAGCAAAACAUCUUGAAGAAGAGACUCAGUGUGGGGGAUUGUGGAGCACGCAAAAGAAGGAGAUCAUCGAAGUAUUCAUCUUACCGUUCAGUAGAGGAUAUUACUGAGGAGGACUUGGACAACAUUGCAAUCACUGUUAAAGACAAAAUCUAUGACAAAGUUCUGGGCAGUACUUGCCACCAGUGUCGACAAAAGACAACUGAUACAAAGACAAUCUGUCGCAAGCAGGGCUGUGGAGGAGUAAGGGGGCAGUUUUGUGGACCAUGUCUUCGAAAUCGAUAUGGGGAAGAUGUUAAAUCAGCACUGCUUGAUCCAGCCUGGAUCUGUCCUCCUUGUCGUGGGGUGUGCAACUGCAGCUACUGCCGCCGGCGGGAUGGGCGCUGUGCCACGGGCAUGCUUAUCCACCUGGCCAAGUUCUACGGCUACAACAACGUCAAGGAGUACCUGGAAAGUUUACAAAAACAACUGGCGGACGACAAUUGAGAACACCGAACUCAAGCUGUGCCUGCGAUUGGUUAAUACGUUGACAAAUUUUAACUUCAAAAGGUUAUUACUAUGUUUUAUAUAAGUUAGAAUUGUAGAGUAUAGUAUAUGCAUUUCAGUGUUGGGAACUUCUUAAUUGAUGUGGUCUUAUGCAAAAGAUCUCUCAGGAAAACGUUUUGGUAGAGAAAUCUACGUGCACAGACCUAUACAUUAAGUGAAAUGGCACUCAAGCCUUGAGUGGUUAAUUUCUAAUAGAGCUACACAACCACAUGUUAGAGAACUUCAUCAGUUGGAGCAAUAUUUUUAUUUAUAUAAUUAUCCAAGUUUGCAGAAAGGGUGUUUUAAUAACUACCUGUAAAGCAUACCUUGUCUUUAAAGAAACAACACCCCCCUUCUUUUGAAACUUGACCAUAAAGAUCAAACUUGACCAUAAAGAUUCAUUUUUUCAGCCGUCACUUUCUGAACCUACUCCUUCACCUGUAGUUUAUGGAACUUGCCUCUGCAAGGACUGGAAGGCUACUUUCAGCCGAAUGCCAUUAUAUUCCAGCCAAAGCUGACGCAACCUGCCAGUGGGAGGAUGACUUUUAUUGCAAAGUGCAAUUAAUCACUGAAACAUGAAAGUGGAAGACUGUUUUGUAAAAAAAAAAAUAAAAUAAAAAAAAAAUUAACUUCUAAACAUCUUCACAAUAAAGAAAAAGAAUUGCUUACCAGCGUUUUUUGUGUGAUGCACCUGCUGCCUGAACUAACUACCUUCCAGCAGUCAUAACUGGUUACCUGGUUUAAAUCGGAGUUCAGGAUUAUUUUUUUCACAUACAGUUCAUACUUAAUGUUUUUUCAUGUGUACACCCAAGUUUUCAAACAACAUUGUUUAAAUGCAACAUGUUUGUAUCGCAGUAUGAUUAUGUUAAAAUUCUGUUAAGAUAUGUUUCCUUUUAUGUAGAGAGAAUAAAGAAUAAUCAAGAGGAGUA